AUGUCACGCGAGAUCUGCAAUUAUAAAUAUCGACUUCCAUAUUAUUAUGGAGACCAUAAAACAGUUGAUACUAGUUUAAAGUCUAUUAAAAAAUAUCAUUCAAAUGCUGAUUGUGAAUCUUUAACCACAACAAAUCGUAAUAGUGGGAAUGAUCAUAUCCUAAUAUUUUCACCAUCAUCAAGUUUAGCUGUUCCAAAUUGGAAAUGGAUUAAUAAAUAUUUCUUAUCAGCACUACAAUCCCUGGCUGCAAAACAACAUUUUGGUAAUUUUUUUAUUGAUAGAAAGACAGGAGAAAAAUAUUGGGAAAACAUGCCAAUAUAUGUUAGAAUUGGGAUGCAUUUAUUAUUUUUUGGUAAAUUUAACGAAAAAGUUGUUGAGUUUAAAGCAAUUGAAGAUUUAUUUGAGACUGAAACAAAAAGACAAGGAAAAUAUUUUGAUUCAUUUCAUUCAGUACACAAUAUACCAAAAUUUGUCAAGCACUACGAAAUUGAUUUAAAUGAAUUAUUGGAACCUGAUAUGAAUAAAUAUAAAACUUUUAAUGAAUUUUUUUAUAGAAGGUUAAAACCAAAUUCAAGAUUGAUUGAUUCUAUGGGCAAAAGAUUUACCAUAGAAAAUUUAUUAAAUGAUGGUGAAUUAGCAAAAUCUUUUGAAGGUGGAUCAAUUGCAAUAUUUAGAUUAGCACCACAAGAUUAUCACAGAUUUCAUUCACCGAUUGCAGGAAAAAUUAUUGAAAUAAAGCCAAUUAAUGGAAAGUAUUAUACAGUUAAUCCAAUGGCUGUGAAUGAAGAAUUAGAUGUUUUAACUGAGAAUGUUAGAUCUUUAUUAUUGCUUGAGUCAACAUCAUCCAUCACACCAAAAACCAAAUUGGCAUUUAUUCCCGUUGGUGCUUUAUUAGUUGGAUCAAUUAGAUAUACAAUCAAUAAAGGUGAUAUAAUUAGUAAAGGUGAUGAAUUAGGAUAUUUUGCAUAUGGUGGCAGUACAAAACAUUGGUCAAAGUAG